AUGCUGUCCCGAUUUCACCACUACCACGGCUCGAAUAUCGUCUUGUUCGAGGACAGCACUGUCGCUUAUCGAAAGACUAGUUUCGCUCACGGUUUAACGUUUAGUGAAAAACCUUUGUUGCCUGGCGAGAUAUUUUUAGUGGAGAUAGAGAAAACAGAACGCGGCUGGAGCGGGCAUAUGCGGCUGGGCCUGACUCUACUCGACCCGCAAAGCACGGCACUCGGAGAGAAAGGGUUGCCACAGUAUGCGUUACCAGAUCUUGCAAACACAGGCAUGUCCUGGAUAUUUCCGAUAUCCAAAUCGCAGAAUAAUGUUCUCAUUGAACUUAUAAAUCAAGGUACAAGCGGUCGACGAGAUAACGAACCUAGAGUGUCAAUCUUAGGAGAUUCUCACAAUGUACACACACCACGAGGAUAUGUCUCCAAACACACCCUACGUCCGCAGACGGCUAAGGGAUCUCCACAAGGCAUACUACCUAUGGAUGCAGGCAGUAGAAUCGGUGUUAUGUUUGUACCUUGUCCGAAGAAGUUUAAAGAUGAUCCCGAUUUGGCAGAAAUGCACUUUAUUAUUAACGGUGAGGAGCAGGGGCCGUGCACAAAAGCUAUUCCAUAUACAAGAGGUCCUUUACAUGCGGUUGUAGAUGUAUAUGGAACAACCAAACAAGUUAGGAUUAUUCAACUUUAUGGAGUAAAAACACUACAAAAUGUGUGUCGAGAUGCUAUACUUCAGUUCAUCCGAGGUAACUCAGUUAAGUCCCUACCGCUGCCACAGUGUCUGAAAGAGUUCUUGCUUUCAUAG